AACAUGCUGGGGGCCGAGCUCACCGUGUCCCUUCGCCGCCAGCUCCUCUGGGAGAGGCAGCAGAAGACCUCGACGGCAAAUGCCGUGCUCAAGAGGCGACACACUUCGCACGAUGUUGCUAACCUGAAGCAGUACCCUGAAAAGGUACACAUGAACAAGGCGGCUGCUGAGCCCUCGAUGGACUGGAACCGGUAUUUCAAACUCAACAAUCAGGGCGGCUACUACGCUCAAGGCUGGUAAUGCCCUGGAAGGCUCCUUGGAAGCAUCAACUACAACACCUCUACUCUAUACAAUCAGUAGUUUUCUUUUCUCGCAAGUUCUUUCCAUAGCAGGUUUAAUAUCAAGCACCACAAAUACUAUCUUCAGCUUCUAAUUGCGCCGGUCCCGUCUCAUCGAAGAGGGUUUGCGUGAUAUCAGGAUGAUGCAGUCAUGGAAGUCUAGCAAGCUGGGCCUUCAAACGGGGUCCCCUGCCGCACAGCUGUCCAGUCCACCAUGAGCGACACGAGAUCGGGCCCGGUAUGCGGGUCACUCGAGAGAUGUGGCGACCCGUU